AUGGCGUCGAUGCCGCAUUACCUUUCUGAGGGCGUCAAUGAACUUACCGCUUCGGGUAUCGAGGAGGCGGUCCACGGUAUGCGAUCAAUGCUGCUGUUGACCAUCACAGGCGUGGAAGAGCUCAUUCUUUUCGUUAUCAAAAUGAUGUAUCAGACAUAUUUGUGCCUUAUCACACUGGCUGUGCGCGCAACUGUAUCAGUGACAACCGGGCUGAUUGAAGAUGUGCUUGAUGGAUUAAACAACACUCUACACGAUAUCAGCAGCGGUCUUACGAAAACAGCGGACAAAUUUGAGAGUGCACUCGGAGACAUUAUGAGCCAAGUCAACAAAGCUGCCACACUCCUGGGUGAGGACCUCCCCGACGUGAAUCUGACCAGCACUAUCGAUUCAAUAAAAGGCAUCGACCUUUCUAUCCCAUCAGGAAUAGAUGAGAAGCUCGACAAACUCAACAGCUCGAUUCCCACUUUCGACCAAGUUCAAAACGAGACCGAAAAGAUCAUUCGGUUGCCCUUCGAAGAAGUCAAGAAGCUGCUCAAUCUCCACCUGGGAAACUACACAUUCGACCGCUCGGGGCUUCCUGUUCCCCAAAAGAAGCAGGAUGUCGUCUCCACCGCCAAAAGAAUCUUCAUUGCCGUGCUGGUCGUGGCUGCUAUCCUGGCGUGCGUUCCUGUGGCAUGGCAAGAAAUCCGACGUUGGCGACAUAUGAAUGAACGCUCACAGCUGGUGCGCAAGGACACCCACGACCCGAUGGAUGUCGUUUAUAUCGUUUCAAGACCUUACUCCGCAGCUGCAGGUAUCAAGGCUGCCAGCCGUUUCAGCAACAGUCGUCGUCAAAUCCUGGUUCGCUGGGCAAUAGCCUAUGCUACAUCACCAACUGCACUCCUAGUUCUGGCCCUCGCCCUCGCCGCCCUUUUCGCCUGCCUGUGUCAAUACAUAUUGCUCAGGGCAGUUGCAAAGACAGUCCCAGCACUGACUACAGAGGUCGGUGCUUUCGCUGAUAAAGUUGUCGACUCGCUUCAAAAUGCUUCAGCGGACUGGUCAAACGGCGCCAACAAGGUGAUCACUGAUUUUGAUGAUGAUCUAAAUCAUAACGUGUUGGGGUGGGUGAAUACAACCACCGGUGCAAUUAAUGACACUCUCGAGGCUUUCAUUAAUAAGACAAACGGCGUCCUGAGUGACGCUUUCGGCGACACUCUUCUCUACGUGCCCAUUAAGGGCAUCUUCGAUUGUCUCAUCGAAAUGAAAGUUGAGAGCGUGCAGCAGGGUCUGACGUGGGUCAGCGACCAUGCUCACAUUGAUUUCCCCCUACUACCAAACGACACGUUUUCUCGCGGCGCACAGAGCAGUAUUUCCGACGGCUCCGAUCCAUCAGAGAGUUUCCUAGCUGAUGCCGGCGAUGAGACCUCCAACAAGAUCAGCGAAGUCGUGACGUCUGUAAUCAACAAGCUCUACGCCGGUCUCAGAGUCGAAGCCAUCAUUGCCACUUGUAUUCUUCUCCUCUGGGUGAUAAUCGUCCUGAUCGGUGUCGUGCGCGCCAUGGCGCUCUGGUGGGGACAUGAUCGAAUCCGUGGUGAGGGCGGCGGUCAUGCUAUGGACGCGAUACCCAACCAUCCUGCACCAGCUCCAAGUUCAUCCGGAGCUGGCUUCACAGAUGUCCCACUCACUGCUGUUCCGAAGGGUAGCCUUGGCUCUAUCAAUGCGACGCCGCAAUAUGAAACCCCAGUGGAGAGCUCCGUGGCACGAGGUGGAUCUGAAUUCCCUAAUGAGAAGCUAGGAUUUGCAGGGCACAGAAGUUAUCAUGUUGACUCGGCUUCUAUGAGGAAGAGUAACUAUGUUGAAUAUGAUGUAAAGAGGUGA